AUGGGCGACGGGCGCUGGAUGUGCCUGACGCCGGACAUGGAGAUCACGCAGCACAACUUAAAUGAGCUGCGCCACUAUGUCCUCGAUCGGAAUGCGCAGUUUCCUCGGUGGGUGCUGGCUGGUCUCUAUGCCUUCGACCCUAUCGACCCUGGGGAGCUGCUUGAACUGAAGCGUCAGGCUCGGCAGCGCGCGGCGCUGCUCGGGGCUGGCGACCCUGAGGAUGAGGCGGAUCUGGCCUGGGUGAUUGCCGAGCCACAGGACGCGAGGUUCGGCGAGGUGGUGCUCGAGGAUGUGGUGGAGAAACCGAAUCGGUGCGCCCACCUGCGCAGGAAGGGCAUGGUGAUGCUGGACGGCCAGGAGCGGAUCAUCGAGCUGAUCAGCCGCGACGAGAGGGACGACUGGAUGAAGGAGCGGAAGGAGAGCUGCGUCGACAUCCGCCUGAACGGCGACCAGCGGACAAAGAUCGGCCGCAGGGGCGUGGACUUCCGUGAUGCCGUGGAUCAGAUGGAGCAAGUGGAGCUCGCCGACUACACCGACCUCGGGCCGCGCGCGAUGGGCGAGUUCAUUACGUCGGUGGCCGUCGGCAGUGGGAACCUCACCAGCUACCAGGCCGAGUGGGAGCGGAUGAGUGGCGUCUUGUCCGGGGGUGCUCAGUGCCACGAACACCGUUCGCUCCUGGAGAUCGCCCGCCGCGCGAUCUGUAUGGGCCAGCUCAACGUGAAGAACCUCCACUGCAUGGAGGCGCUGGUCAGGUGCACGGAGUUCGCGGUGGCCCGCCAGAAGGACCGCGCCAACAUCUUGAAGCAGAUGAGGCUGCACAAGGAGGAGCUGGAUCGGGAGCGCCCUUCGGACGACGGGGGGAAGCGCAACCAGAAGGACAAGGAGAAGGACGAGGGCAAGAAGAAGAAGGGUGCAGCGCAGCGCAGCGUGCUGGAGUCAGUCCAGGAGCGGAUCGACUUCUACGGGAAACCCUCGAGCGAAGCGGUGGAUGGCGAGAGGUCCCUUCGGGGGAUCCUCAGAUCCACUGACCAGUACGAACUGGAGCCGCAGCAUUUGGCGAGCUACGACGUCACGCGCCUCAGGGUGUGCAAGGGGGACAUCAGCCCGGUUCUCGUGACGGAUUUGCUACGCGCCGAGGCUGCAGGUUUUUUGAGACACUUCCAGAGCCAGAUCGAGCUCUCAGAACCCGAGAUCGCCGAGCGUGUCCGAGAGAUCGGCAUCGUGGGUUUCAGGCGGGCCAUCAAGCCCCGCUGCGGCGCGUUCUUCGCGCACAAGAAGGACGGCAACAUCCGGUUCAUGUGCGACGCGAGGGCGACGAACAUGUGCCGUCGUCUCCCUCCUCGGACGGUCUUGGGAGGUGCAGCUUGCCUCUCGGAGAUCGACCUCAGCAGCUACGCUACGGCGCUCGGGGGUUUCGGCGGCGUCUGUGAGCCACGUUUCUCGGGUGCCGACGUCAAGGAUUGUUUUUACCAGCUCGCCAACGAGGAGAUGGGCAGCUGGUUCGGGUUCGACUCCGCGCUGACCGUCGAGGGCUGGGACCUGGGCAUCACGCGCGCGCGGGGCGACGACGUGGGGGGCUGGACCCCCGCCCGGGCGGGCGAGCUCCUGUUCCCCUGCCUCCGUGUUUUACCGAUGGGCUGGGCUUGGGCGCUGUACUUUGCUCAGGAGGCCGUCGCGCACCAGGUUCGGCGCUCUACUGCAGAUGGCGAUCGGCAGCUCCUUCGAGAUAAGCGACCUGCACCUCUCCUGCGGCCCGGGAGGCCGCUGGCUGCCGUGCACGUGGACAACUUCACGGGCGUGGGGGGCUCGGCCGCCGACGCCGAGCUCGGGGCGCGGGCCUUCGAGGAGCGGGCUGCCGAAGCGGGGCUGGCUCUGCGCGCCGCGGACGUGGCGGUGGAGGAGCUGGAGAGCCUGGGCCUGGUGCUGUGCGGGGCCGACCGCCGCGUGCGCCAGAAGCCCAAGCGGGUCUGGCGCUUCUACUUCGCCACGAAGGCCUUGCUGAGGCGGGGCCGCGCGACGGGGGCCGAGCCCCGGGUCUGGGCGGGGCAUGCCGUGGCCCUCUUGGGGCUGCAGCCCUGCUUGCUGUCCAUCCUGCAGGACGUCCACGUUUCGGAUUCGUCGUCCUCCGGCUCCUGCCUGAUGUACGGGCGAAAGCCACUUCGUGCUGUUUGGGAUGCGUACCGCUGGCGGGAGCGCUGGCGGUUCGUGGAGGUGGAGGCCGACGGGAAUUCGGACGCCUACACGGCGGCGUACCUCAACCAGCCCCGAGGAGUCACCGACGGCUUCGGGGCCACGCUGGACGAGGGCGCCCACAAGCACGCUGACGCCCGCGUUCGGGCUGGUCAGCCAGCAGGGGCCUGGCGCGAGACCGAGCUGGGACAGCUCCUGUUUCGCCGUGCUGCAGUCGGCCGCGGAGCGCCGCGGCGUUGGGCUGGCCGCCCCAGUCAGACCCAGGAGGUGGAGCUGCUGAACGUCGUGCCCGCCUUGCCGACCGCCCUCGCCAGCGACCCCGGGUGGACCGCUGCCGUCGAGGGUCGCUGGAAGUAUGACGAGCAUAUCAACGUGAAGGAGGGCCGGGCGGCCGCCUACAGCGUGGGCUGUCGCGUUCGGUGGCGGGUCAGACACGUCCCGACGGAUCUGAAUGUGGCCGACGAGGGGUCGAGGAGGGAUCAGGCCCGCGACCCCGAGUGGCUGCUGCAGAAGAAGAGGGAGCGACAGCCUUUGUUCGCGGGUGCGGCGGGGUUGACCGCCGCCAUGCGACAUGCUGGGCUGCGGACGGCGGCCCCGUUUGACAUCAAGAAGGGUGCCGAGUAUGACCUCUCGAGGAGAAAAACACAGCUGCUCCCCGGGACAGUGGACUUCGAGACGCGGCGCGUUGAGGUUGGUCGCCAGACCAUCAAUGCAAAAGACGCUGACGAAAAUAUGGUGCACUGGUUUGCUCAGAUGUUCUUCGACGGCAUGGGUCCUGGGACGGGCCGCAACGGCUUGUUCGGUUGGAUCUUGCUGCGCGGGGGGCCCUUUCAAGAAGGACGUCAGCUGCUCCCGCGGGCCCGGAGGCAGUUGAAAGCUUGGGGGCGGACAGAUCCCAGCCUUGUCGGCCUACCCUACCCGCUCAUCUUGAUCUGGGCCAUCGCGCUGGACCUGCUGAAUCACAGCCUGGUGCGCACGGCCGCCUGCGCGGUGCUUCAAACCGAUCUGUACUCGAGGCCCUCGAAGACUCUGGAGCUCUCAGAGGCUGACAUCCUCCGCAGCCAGCCCGCGGCGGGCCGUGCCUUUCCCGGCCGCUGGGCGGUGGUCUUCGCGCCGUCCGAGUCCGGUCGGAGGACCAAGACUGGCCAGACGGAUGACACCGUCGAUGUCGGAGUGCGCGGCCGUGAGUGGGUCCGAGACGUUGUGGCUGCGCUCAAAGACUCAGCCCAGGCUGGAGAGCGCGCAGAGUUCAAGGCCUCCUUGGUGAUGCUGAAGCUCCAGGCCGUGGGCGGAUCUCCGCAUUGGUUGCGCCACUCUGGGCCGUCCAACGAUAGGUUCGAGAAGAAAGCUGACCUCCCGUCGAUUCAGAAAAGAGGCCGCUGGGUGAGUUUCAAAAGCUCUAUCUCCGACGACGGGUCGACUUUCCUGCCCACCAGGGCGGGGUCGAAACAGUCGCACGAGCACUUGGUGAAGUCUUUUACGGGCGUGGGCGGGAUGGUGCAAUGGCUUGGGGACCGGUGGGCACAUAAGCAACACAUCGUGGUAACAGGCUUCGACGCUGACAAGUUUUCCUCGUCCAUGGUGUUUCUCGCCGUGAGGGGCACGAUCGUGUCGAACUGGGUGCUGUGGGCGGAGCAGGCGCUGUGCAUGCUGUUGUACUUGGUCUACGCAUGCAUCCACAAGCUGCUCUUCUACAGGGAAGAUGCUGCUGAGUCGCGUGGCAGUUUCAAAGAUGAGGUGCGCCGUCUGUCAAGCAGCGUCUCGUACUUGGCGGCAUUUCUGCUCAGCUUCUACACCUCGCUGACCGUUGCCAGGUGGUGGCGUCUCCGCACCGACGGCAUCGGCAACAUCUGGGCAUCAUGUUCAGAAUUGUGCCUGUUCAUAUCUGAGUUCGUAACGGACGACGAGAAAGUGUUGACUUCAAUUCGACGUUACGCGCGGGCAUCGCUCGUCAUGCGUUUCUUGGAGCGCCGUUUCCCAGGCAAGCUCGCCGAACACCUCUACUUGCUUGUCAAUCUGAACGUGCUAACCGAGGAGGAGGUUAGUAAGCUUCGUGAGUACGAGAACAAUCUCGCCGAGAGUAUCUGGACGUGGGUGGCACGCAUCGUGAGGAACCUGGACAUCAAGAGCGACGCCUUGCUCAAUUUCAUCCUGAAGAAGGUGGCGAAGGGGCGCGCCGGUGCCGCUCUCAUCGGAGCACAGAUGGCGACUCCGAUCCCAUUGCCGUAUGUCCACCUUCUUGGCCUUCUCGUGAAGCUCCACAACUACUGCCUGGCGGUGUGCACGGGGUAUCUACUGGCAGUGGAUUCCGAGAAGUGGCCGGAGCUCACGGUGAUAGUUUUCUUUGUCCCCUUCCUCUACAACUCGCUCCUUCUCAUCAACGCAGAGCUUGCAGACCCGUUCGACGGCGGAGUGAAUGACUUCCCGAUGGAGAGGUACGAGCUCGCAAUGGAGAGCGACGGGCGCAGCUACUUGCAGGCUGGCCGGCACACCCCCGAGUGGAUGCGCCUCUCCUGA